UUUACAUUCUCGCAACAACACGGCAAGCCGUGAACCCCGCCGAAAGAUGCCGUCCUAUUGUACUUAUUGAUCUAGACGAGAUCUUAACAUUGUACUUUCUUCAGAGUUCAGUGGGUGUAUUACGUGAUAGCCAUCGAUCGACUAGACAUUUCUUGAAAUCCCCAACAUGACCUCCCAAGCCAACCUCGGGGUUCCGAACCUCUUCAACGUUCGCAACCAUGUCUGUCUCGUUACUGGUGGAGCGAGCGGCUUGGGCGAGAUGGCCGCUCAGGCCUUCGUCCAGAACGGCGCACGAGUGAUCAUCGCCAGCCGGAAAGAGGCUGAGUUGAAAAAGGUCACCGCUCGAUUAAAUGGUCUUGGGCCAGGACGAUGCGAAUACAUCGUUGCAGACCUCAAAGACAAGGCGGGAUGCCUCGCUUUUUGUAGCGAAGUUGAGAAGAGGACCGAUAGAGUAACUCUUCUCCUGAACAACUCUGGCGCUACGUGGGGCGCACCUUAUGAAGACUUCCCGGAGAGCGGCUGGGACAAAAUCAUGGCCUUGAACGUCAAGGCGAUUUAUUAUACUACUGUUGGCUUGGAGGCACUCCUUAAGAAGGGCGCAACUGCGCACAAUCCGAGCGCGAUCAUCAACAUUGCAUCAAUGGCUGGUGUCCAGACCACCGAUGUCACCUCUACGGAAGAGGGCGGCCUCUCCGCUCCCGGUCACGGACCUUUCAGCUACGGCCCAUCCAAGGCUGCCUGUAUCCAUCUGUCCAAGCUCCAGGCUUCGAAACUCGCUACGAGGCACAUCAAUGUGCAUUGCGUCUGCCCCGGCGUUUUCCCAUCGCGCAUGUCCGCAUUCGGCCUGGAGAAGGCAGGGGAUGCCCUGCUCUCACGACAGCCGACGGGACGUGUUGGAAAGCCGGAAGAUUUUGCUGGACUGAUCCUCUUUUUGAGCAGUGUUGCCUCCGCCCAUAUGACCGGUGGCGUGUAUGAGAUUGACGGCGGCAGCACGCUGUCCGGAUGGCGUUCCAACAAGAAAUCGACGAAGUUGUAAAUAAUAUUCUGCACCACGUUGCGACAUAACGUGCAAUUAAGUUGGUUGUACCAUACAAACGC